AUGGAUGCAGCCGAGGACCGAGAUUUAAAGCUCCAGCGGGCAUCCAGCGACCUGGUGACAGAGUUCUCCGCCAAACUGCCAACGCUGCUAUGGAGGUCUGAAAAUGGAACCCCUCUCCGCGCCCCACGCAAAUGGGCGCAAGUGUCAAAGACGGAGAAGCUCGUCGCGCUUCUCGAGCCUUUCCAAGAGUGGCCUCAGCUCCUAGACCCGCAUCUUCGGACGCUGCUGCCCACUUUAGUUGAUGCGUUUCUGGCAUAUUUGAUUAAGCACCGCGGGCAGUAUGGCUCCCAAGCCACAAAAAAGACCCAAGGUGCUGCUCACUAUCCGCUUCCGAGAGCUAUUUGCAGACUGCUGUACACAUUCUGCAAGGUUCGUGGUAUCAAGGUCAUUAGUCGGUUUCUUAACAAUGAGCCCAAAUACCUUGAUUCCAUGCUGCGGGCUUUCAUCGAAUGGGACGCUAUAGGCCAGACAGAGUCUACCGAAGACAACAUUACCGGCCUCGAGGGACAGAAAAUGCAAUGGGAAGAGCGCUACGUGAUGCUGUCCUGGCUCUCGCAUCUACUUCUGGCGCCUUUUGACCUAGCCUCGAUGUCAUCGGAUGACAUCCCAAUCCCGUAUAAAAACCUACAACAGCUGGGUGAGGUGCCAGAUCAGACUCCGAUGGUUGCACAGUCACUUCUUUCCUUGGCGCUCCAUUACAUCAACGCACCCGGCAAAGAGCGCGAGGCAGCUACUGCACUAUUGGCGCGACUCGUCUCGCGUGGGGACAUGCAGGCCCUCGGGCUUCUGACGCGUCUGAUCAACUGGGCUUUUGCUACCAUCAAGCCUGCCGAGAACACGGAAGUGCCGUCUGUCUACUCGUGUAUCGGGCUCCUCUCUUUCAUUGCUCGCUUGGCGGGAUCCGGCCAUGUGGAAGACUUUGCCCCCUUGCUGGAAAAUGUGUUUAAACAAACUCUCAGCGUUGUACAGGGGACCUCGGAGGUCUCUGCGACUAUCCAGUCCUCUGCAUUGGCCAGAAAGACCGUCGUCAAGAUCCUUCGUAACAUUACAGUCAUGGCUUUGGCUUUGAGCGAGAGAGGAGAAAGCUGCAUCAUGGAUGAACAGCUGUCCAGCAUUAUGGAAGAUGCCAUUGAUCACUUUCUAGUUGCUCUGGCAGACAAGGAUACCCCUGUACGAUUUGCUGCCAGCAAAGCUCUUAGUGUCAUCACCUUGAAGCUUGAUCCAGAGAUGGGGGCAGAGGUGAUUGAGGCAGUCAUCGGCUCAUUGGGAGAGAACAUACUUUUUGAAAAAGACGAUGGCAUGUUGAUGACACCUUUCGAAGCGCGGAAUGCUGGAAUCCAGAGUCUGAAGCGUAACUUGAGCGGUGUUGACGCCCAGCGGUGGCAGGGUCUGAUGCUUACUUUGUCUCAUUUGCUGUUUCGCCAUGCCCCUCCGACUCAACAACUGCCUGAUAUCUUUCAAUCCCUUGUCUUGGGCCUGGAAUUUGAACAACGGUCCUCUACUGGUAGCUCUGUGGGAACUGGUGUUCGAGACGCUGCUUGCUUCGGCAUUUGGGCACUGUCUCGGAAAUACACGACCACAGAACUACAAGCCAUGCAGCGUCAGGCUAUUCCCUCUCUGUCUGGAAUUACUGAAGUCGAUAUUUUGCAGAAGCUGGCCGUCGAGCUUGUCUGCUCAGCAUGCGUUGACCCGUCAGGAAAUAUCCGUCGUGGCGCCUCUGCUGCUCUGCAAGAGUUGAUCGGUCGUCAUCCAAACAUGAUCACAGAAGGCAUCCCUCUCGUUCAGGUUGUGGACUAUCACGCGGUUGCUCGGCGUUCCCGCGCAAUGAUCGAUGUGGCGAAGGCGACUGCCUCCUUGGAUCCAAUGUAUUGGAGCCCGUUGGUAGAAGCCCUCAUGCACUGGCGGGGUAUUGGCUCUCCAGACGCCGAAUCAAGAAGACAAGCAGCAAGGGCCAUUGGUGUUCUGAGCACGCAACAAAGCUUCACAACCAUGAAGGUGAUAUUGGAACGUCUGAUGCGGAAGCUUCCCCGUAUUCCGCGAAGCGAUAUCGAGUCACGACAUGGAUGCUUGUUGUCAAUCGCUGCCACUGUGGAUGCUUAUAUUCAAGAUUGGGAAGCCUCGCCGGAGACAAGAGAGUCAUCUGAGGCGACGGAGGUUGCAUCUCAGGUCGUUGAGCUGUGGGGGAUCUUCGAAUCUGCAUCAGGUCCUGCUGAUAGAGACUUGACCCGCCAAAACUCUCGUCCGGAGUUGACUUCAGAGGCAGCUGCUUGUUUGAUUUCGUCACUCUCUCGUUCGACCAUCUCGGCGGGGCUUUCUCAUCCUUCGGAAAGCUUGCUUGAGCGGAUACUCCGUCUUCUUUCACUUUGUGUUUCUCGCAGUGAUGAUAUAUCCAUUGAAACCUCAUCCAAUGCCCUUUCAACAAUAUUUCCACUCUUGUCGUCAGCGAAACAGGAAGAAACUGUGCAAGCGUGGUUUUCUCAUUUGCACGCAUCGUCAAGACUACCGAGCGGCUGUGGGCAAAUUCUCGCACUCGGAGCUGUUUUCAAGCAGCUUGAAGGGCGCGAGGACUUGCGAGAAGGUAUUAUUACGGCGUUGCUGCGCUGUGCAGGAAAAGAAGAGCUCAUUGAGAAACGAGUCGCUGCUGUGAAAUGCUUUACAGUUGCAAAUAGCGUGCUGGACUUUCUCAACGAUUAUACCACGGAUAGGCGAGGCGAUGUCGGAUCCCUUAUUCGCGUGGAAGCAAUACAGGCAGCGGAGGUCCUCUUAAAACCCGACUCGCAGUUGUCAUCAAGCUCCCCUGUUGUACAAAGCCUGGUGGGUUGCCUUUGCCGCUUGGCGUCUGAGAAACUUGACAAAGUUAGAUUGCAAGCAUGGCUUUGCUUACAAGGUUAUUGGGAAUUUACGUCGGUCGACUUCCCUCCCAUGCAAAGUAAAUAUGAGCAUUUUAGCCAUGUAUCCUCGCAAGGGUACUUCGACCAACUACUCACUUUAUAUUCAAUUGAGUGGCUACGCCAGCCAUUGCUACAGGGUCUGGCUACAUCUGCAGUUGCUGGUGCUGAAGGUCUUAUUCGCUCAUCGCGCUCAGCUAUGAUUCGAUUCCUCAACUCCCAGGAGCCCAUUCAGCGCCAGGCUAUCCUCAUCAACAUCCUACAAGACUUGUCGACUAUUCUCAGCAAUAAUCUUCAAGAUGAUCGCUACGCGAUUCCAAUCAUUGACUUUAUGGCGUUUUUGAUGGACAGCUUUGCAGUCUCUAGCCAUGGGCAGUCAGACCCCAUCUUCCGGAGCGUAUUCGUCUUGGUCCAGAAAGCCCAUUUCCGGUCAUCCAACAUCCAACGCUUAGAGGGUGCCGUGAAGGUCUAUGCGACAUUGUCGAGGCUGGAAUCAUUACGGGACGAUGUUCUGAAGAAGCUGACUGGGCUGCUGCUACAUCCAUUCCCGAGGGUUCGAUCAAGUGCAGCAGAGAAUCUUUAUGUGGUCACCGAAUCGGAGACAGUCAAGUAUGAAGAUUGGUCUGCACAGCCAAAACAAUUAAAGGAGAAGGUGGAAGGCCUAAGAGUUACUCUGGUGCGGGGCGGGCUAGAGUAG